AUUUUAGUUAAAAAUUGGGAUACGAAUUAAGAGAGCCUUAUUAAUCUAUUAUGAAAUUGUUAUUAAAUUAGUUUUAAUCUUUUUGACUUUAUUAUAUAACGAUAUUGGACGACCUUUUUUUUGAAGUAAUCCGCUAUUCAAUGUGAAUAGAUUGUCAUGUCACAUAGAGGACUACAACAAACUGUAUUGCAAAAUAAUUUCAUCUUACUGCGAAGGAAAAAGUUUAACAUUUAAGGUCUCCUAAUGCCGGCUCAUCGAGAUGAAGAAGAGGAUAAGCCCUGCAGAGCAUGUUCAGAUUUUAAAUCUUGGGCUAAAUUGCAAAAUAAGUCAAAAGUUCCUAUGCCGAAUAAACCGCCCUCUAAACAAAGUAAGGAGUGUCCACUAGACAAAGAUGAGCUGGGCAAAUCAACAUGGGGAUUUUUGCACACGAUGGCAUCGUACUUUCCAGAAAAACCAACUAAGUCUCAAUCAGAGGAUAUGACAAAAUUUUUCAACAUCUUUGCUCAGUUCUAUCCAUGUGAACCUUGCGCUUUAGACUUUAAAGAGGACAUAAAAAAGCAUCCACCAAAGACGAAAUCCAGAGACGAACUUGCAAAGUGGCUGUGUGAAAGACAUAACGUAGUAAAUGUAAAACUAGGCAAGCCAGAGUUUGACUGCAGCAAAGUUCAUGAGCGGUGGAAGGAUGGCUGGCUAGACGGCUCGUGUGAUUAACAACACAAACUACAGAAGAAAUACCACCUGUAUACUUAGGAAUAUAACUUUUAAUUUAUUUCCAAUUUUUAACUACACAGUUUAAACUUUUACAAUACAAAUAAUGUUUGCCUUAAAUUCUUUUAGAAUCGAUUGAUUAAUUUUGUGGAAGUCUUCAUUAUGAAAAGUUUUGCAACUACACAAUAUACAGAAAUAUUUAGUGAGAUUAUCUAAAAUAAAUGUAGUUUUUAUAAAUCUUUACCAUAUGUGCAGGUAGUAUUUUCACUGUAAAAUCUUAGAUAUUUUUUAAAGUUUAAGGAUUGUUUUACUGUAAAGGUUUUAAUAGUUUAAAACUUUAAACAAUUGAUGCAGUUUAUAAAAAUGUGAUAAUAACCUAAUUGUGUACAAUACUUAUAUGUUAUAAAAAUAAUUUAAAUUUG